GGCGAAAAGACUAGUGCAGGUGACGACAUCCACUAGGAUUAUUCCGAGCUGAGGGACCGACAGGAGUAGACGUACUCUGUAGUGCUCCGAGACAUAGUUUCUGAAUCCUUUUUGCAUUAUGAUGCAUACGCUUCUGUAUUCUGAGAUGAAUCAGGCCGUCCCCGGAGUGAGCCUGAGCCCCGGCCACGAAGGAGGCGGCUACGGCGAGUGCCAGGUGCCCUCCCCGUCCCAGUGGUCCGACCCCUGCUACUCCCCCCCCUCCUUCCACUCCCCCCAGCACCUGCCCGGCGAGCUCGACAAGGUGAAGGAGGAGCCCUUCUCCCCGCCGCCCUCCACCACCUACGUGUCCCUGCCCCCCUCCCCCCCGACCUCCCACCUGUCCCUCUCCCCGCAAGCCCAGCACCACGUGUCCAUGUCGCCCCCGGGCCCCAUGCACGUGUCCGGCUCGGGCCCGUCGCCCCACCACGUGUCCCCCUACGCCCGCCCGCCCUCCGCCCCCAAGAAGGACGGCUUCGAGGCCUCCAUCAACAUCACGGAGCUGCUGGCCGAGAACCAGGCGCUGAGCUCCAGCCUGAGCCCGACCUCGUACGGCUCCUACCCCGACCACCCCCUUCUGCGCGGCCGCCUGGAGGACAACGCCCAGAAGAAGAUCGGCUUCACGUGCCCCUCCAGCGACAACCUGAGCUUCCUCGACACGCUCGUCGACGUCAAGCAGGAGGUCGAGGAGGAGGUGAGCGUCGGGUCGUCCUGCGGGUCGCCGGCAGCGCCUUCGCCGGGGUGUGCCAGCCAGAAGGAGAUCUUGGAGACCGUGGAGCUGGCCCUCGAGCACGCCAGGAGGGACGUCCACCGCGUGUCGGACAGCCUCAACAUCCCGCGCGACCCCGCCCACUGGAGCGUGGAGGACGUGCGGAAGUGGCUCAAGCUGCAGGCGGCGCAGCUCAACCUCCCGCCGCUCAUGCUGGACUUCUGGAACCUCGCCGGCCCCGCGCUGCUCAAGCUGACGGAGGCGCAGUUCCGCCAGCUGGCGCCCGUGGGCGGCGAGCUCCUCUACGCGCAGCUCGAGAUCUGGCGCGAGGCCCUGCGCACGGCGCCCAAGCUGCCCCACACCUACUACUGGCACCUGCAGGCCGACCCGCAGGCCGCCAUGCCCAUCCACCCGCAGCCGCAGCCGCAGCCCCAGCAGCAGCAGCAGCAACCGCAGGCGCCGCCGCAGCAGCAGUGCCAGCCGCAGGGUGUCGCCCAGCCCCAGAUGGGGUCCCCGAGGAGCUCCCCCCUGGGCCUGGCGCCGAGCCUGAGCCAGGUGCCCACGCCCGUGGCGCAGGUGGCGCAGCAGCAGCAGCAGCAGUCGCCGGCGCCCCUGCAGCCCGCCCCGGUGGGCGCGCCGCAGCAGGCCAGUGCCGCCCCGCCGGCGCAGCAGCAAGCCAGCGCAGGCCCCGUGUACCUGGACGAGCCCUGCCUGGACAUGGCGGCCCUUCUGCAGCAGCAGUCGGGCAGCCCCAAGGCCCCCACCGCCCACUCGCCGCAGGACGACGCCUACGACUCUGAGGACGACGCAGACGAAGAGACGACCACCAACAACAACGGUCGCGGCGGCACCCACAUCCACCUGUGGCAGUUCCUGAAGGAGCUCCUGCACCAGCCCCAGCUCUACGGCUCCUGCAUACGGUGGCUGGACCGGCCCAAGGGAGUGUUCAAGAUCGAAGACAGUGUUCGUGUGGCUCGCCUCUGGGGAAAGAGGAAGAACCGACCAGCCAUGAACUACGACAAGCUCUCCCGCUCCAUCAGGCAGUACUACAAGAAGGGCAUCAUGAAGAAGACGGAGAGGUCCCAGCGAUUGGUGUACCAGUUCUGUCACCCCUACUGUCUGUAGGGCGUGGCCAGACAAUCCCUCUGUGUACGUGUGGGCAUGUGUGUGUGUGUGCUGCUUAGGUUUAAGGGGGGGAAGGUAAUUUCCCCUAGUUUAGCACAUGGUCUUCUUGGUAGCCGGCUCGGCUCUGCCCCCGGGCGUGGGCCUGAGCUGACUACAUUAGUCCUGUGUGGUAUUUUUUCACCAUAUAUCUAUGAUAUAUCCCCAUGUGUAAGUUCUAUGAACUUAGUGUUAAGUCUAGGCGCCAUCAGUUAGAGGCGCCCGGGCAGCCCGAGAGUCACGGCCGCCUCGCAGUAGCGGCGCCGCCGGGACGCAUAGGCCUAUGUUCUUCAUGUUUUGUUUAGGCUAAUUUCCGUAUUUAUGUUCGCCAAGGUUGCGAGGCUCGGCUUCCAGUGGAAGCCUCCGGCCCGCGAGGUGUGUUCGCGGCGCGGCUUCGGACCCGCUCGCCGCUGAGCGAAGCGAGGAAGCCGGGCCGCGAACACUGCUUGAGUGGUUUACUUUAAGUGUUGAGUAAUAAACUGUUUGUUUUAAGCUGAUACGUGUCAAACACGGAGUUUAAAGUCUCGAAGUUUCCCUUUGGAAAUGAGUAUUUUUGUACGCGCCGCGGAGGGCGGUCGAGGAGCGCGGCCACCCCCUCCCCCCCCUCCGCAGCCGGCGUCUCCACCACCGCCACGGAGCUGCUGUGGACGCCACCGAAGUGGUCGUGUCAGCCGCCCGUGCCCCAGCCCCCCCCCGUCGGGGCUGCGGCAGGGCGCCAUGCCGGAGAGAGGCGCGCUGGAGUCCCCUCCCCCCCCCCGCCCCGCGCUCGCCUCUGCCAGCGCGGGGCGGCGGCGUCCGCGCCCCAACCCCGCCCCAUCCGCCGCGCCGCCGCUGGCCGAGAUGCAGCCGCGCCCGACGCACAGCUGCCUCUCGCCCGCGGCCCAUGGCACCGAGUGCUCAUGAGCGCAUGGGCGGGGUUGGGCGCCGGAGGGUCCCGCCCGCGAGUAGGCGGGAAGGGCCACGCCGCCCGACCCAGCGCGACCGGCGGCUCCUUGGCACCGGGACGCAGCCACUUGGAAGUCUAUUUUUUUGUAAGAUGUGAAUAUAUAUAUAUAUAUAUAUAUAUAUAUAUAUAUAUAUGUAUAUAUAUAUAUAUAUAUAUAUAUUUCAUUGUAUAUUAGCAACCAUUUGUUCAUAUUGCUUCUGAAGUACAGGUAGAUCGUCUCGAUGUCAUGGAGAUGAAAAAGCUUGUUUAAAAGUUCUACUACCAGGAGCACUAUGAAACGAGAAAGCAACUGUAAAAAAAUAUAAAAAAAAACAAAAAAAAAAUAAUAAAACUAAGUUUAUAUAUUGGUAUAUACUUUUAUCCGAACUCUCCCCAUUCCGGAAUUUAUGCUCACAAGUGCUCAUGUUGUACUCGUGUGUUCAAAAUAAACACCUCCCAGCAA